CUCCCAGAGCUGAAGGGGCUGCAGUGACCCUGUAUUUAUCUCUGCACCCAGGAUGGGCCCGGCCACCCUCAAUGAUUCAGGGACCUCAGAGUUCGUGCUGCUGGGCUUGUGGGCUCCUCCACCCCUGCGUCCCCUGCUGUGGACCGCUCUGCUGCUGGCCUAUCUGGCCACCGUGUUGGGCAAUGGCGCCCUGGUGGGACUGAUCAUGCUGGACAGGAGACUGCACCGCCCAAUGUACCACCUGCUGACCCACCUGGCCCUGCUGGACACAGCCUAUGUGAGCACCACGCUGCCACAGGCACUGGCACACAUGGCCACACGACGCCCGCAUCUCUCCCUGGCACGCUGUGGGGCACAGCUUUACGUGGGCAUCUCCUUGGGCAGCUGUGAAGCAAUCCUCCUGGCAGCCAUGGCCCUGGACCGCUGCCUGGCGGUGUGCAGACCCUUGCGCUAUGCGGCCCUGGUGACGGCUCCCCGCUGCGCCAUGCUGGCCGGAGCCUCCUGGACACUGGGCUUUGCGCUGUCGGUGCCCAAUGCGGUGGCUGCACUGCGCCUGCCCUUCUGCCCCGGGAGGCCAGCGGUGGACCACUUCUUUUGUGAGCUGCCCGCGGUGCUGAGGACGGCCUGUGCAGACACCACAGCCAACCACAGGCUCGUCUAUGGUCUGGGCGUGCCCAUCCUCGUGGUGCCCUUGGGCCUCAUUCUGGCCUCCUAUGCCUGGAUUCUGGCUGCGGUGGGCAAGCUGCCUUCGGCUGGGAGUCGCCGCAAGGCCCUGUCCACCUGCAGCUCCCACUUGGCCGUGGUCGGGCUAUUCUAUGGCACCGUGAGCGCCAUGUACCUGCGACCCCGCGCCUCUAGGGCUCUCCCUGCCACACACCAUAAACUGGUGGCAGUUUUCUACCUCGUGGUCACACCCGUCCUCAAUCCACUCAUCUACAGCCUUCGAAACCGUGAGGUCCACGCGGCAGCACUCUACGCCCUGGCCCGGCUGCAGGGCAUGCGCACCGUGCUGCCCUAAG